AUGGUAGAAUCGACAAAUUUCAUCAUAGUCGAUAACCGAAGUGAGAACAAGUCAGUCAGCGCAUCGUGUGACUGCGUUUUAGACAAAAAUGGGAAUUCAAUUUUUAAAUCGUAUCAUUCGCUUUACAAGCUAACAUACAAGCACAUCUACAAAUACAAAAGGAUAACGUGCAUAAGUACCGAUGUGAUUUUUAAUGAGAAUGGGGGUGCGUACACGCCGCUGUACCACUACUACUAUGAGGACGUGAGCAGUCCCUGCUCGAGUCGGCGCGGGGGGGUCGACGCCGGGGCGCAGACCGAGGCGGAAUUAGCAGCGGAGCCAGAAGCGGAAUUAGCGGCAGAACCAGCAGCGGAAUUAGCAGCAGAACCGCAAGCAGAACCAGCAACGGAGUCAGCGGCAGAACUGAACGACGCCGAUACCGACGUGGACGAAGCCACCUACAACGAACGCGCGCCGAAGCAAAAGUGCCUCAAGUAUUCCCUGUACGAGCUCCUGCUGCUGCGAUUUUUGGAUGUAAAGGGCGACACCCACGCUAGCAACUCGGAAGAAGCCAAAAAUGAAUUCUGCUUCAUCAAGGAAAAUAAAAAUAACAAGCCUCCUCUGAACAAAUUUAAUCGAGACAGAUUUGGUCCAAACAACGGCAUGCAUAUAAUGACCCCAGGAUAUGGAUCCAAUUAUGGAAACCAUAUUAAUUUCGCUAGUCACUCCAAUUUUGGGGGUCUACUAAACGCAUCUAUGAACCCAAAUGGAGGGGGAAUUAUCCCAAAUUAUGUAAAGGAGCAGUCCACACCAUUUGAUCACCUCCGUCCGCACGAUCACUCUGAGAAAAAAAACCAAACCAGUGAAGCGGAUCGAUACUGGGAUCACCCCUCACAAUACGCCAAGCGGAACAAUAAUGAUAUAUUCACCCUGGGGGAUAUAAAAAAAUUUUGGAAGAAUAAUGAGAAAUCGAAAAAUCAGAAUUUCGUUGAACAAAACAACUACAGCAUUUUCAAGGACAACGAUGAGGAGAACCUCACUAAAAGCAAUUUCGCUAGAUGGUUUAAAAAUAGUAACGCUAGUAACCAGGAGGAGCAUAUAGACAUUCUUUCCUACGUGAAUGGCUAUAAUGCUAGCGGGGUGGACAUCGGGGACGGGAAGAAUGGCCCCAGGGUCCUUGGCUCCAUUGGCGGCGGUGCGAACUGGGGAAGUGGCGCGAAGGCGGAUGACGGCGCACUGGGCGCGCACCCCGCGGGGGCCCCGCAGGCCGACCAGCCGCAAAUAAGCAGCACCGUAGCGGAGCUCCUAAUGAAGCAAAUUUCGAUACUCAAAGAGCGAAGCGGCUCGGAGUACACCAACAACAGGACUCGCGCGGAUGAUCCCUUCGACAACACGUGGCACGCCACCAACAGCAACGCAGCCAUGAGCCACCUUAGCAGCUUGGCGAGUUUGAACCACGUUGCAACUGCCAACCAUAUCGGAGGUGGCCACAAAGAAAUCCACCCAAGGGAUGGGGGAAAAGGACUCCUGGAUAUUUUCCGAUCGAGUAACUCCAACCGAAUAACAAAUGACUCCCCCUCUUUCCACCUUCCCCGUCGCGGAAGCCGUGGAAGCAACGCCAACAUGACGAACGUCAACGUUGACAAUUUGGCCAGUUUCGCCAACUCGGCCAGUAUCGCCAACGCGGCCAGUCUUGCCAACGCCUCCAACAUAGCCAACAUCGCAAACAUGGUUAACUUGGCGAACUUAGCAAAUAUAACUAGCAAUGAACAGUAUAGCAGAACCCAUCAGAAGCACUAUGCAGAGGAUAGUACCUUGGCUUAUGGGAACCUCGUGGGAAACACCGUCCAUAAUGACGGGGGAAACAGAAGCAAUAAUGACAUGAGUAGUCUAGAUGGCAUCCUCAUCAAUAGCAAUCGGAGAUCGUCUCACUCCUUUUUACAAAACAAUGGAAGUAAUGUUAAAACGAACUCACCAAGUAAUACCCUGGGUAAAAAAAUACGCAACGGAGAAAAUUUUGCUAUAUUGAAUACUGCCAAUCAAGAAGCGCUUAAAAAUCAGGCCACUCUUUCUUCUUCUCCGUCUUCUCCCUCUCUCCCUCCACAAGGCAACAUAAAUAUCACUCCAAUUAUCAAUUCGUUACUCCGUCUAGAUAAUGAUCAUAAUACACAGGGGGAGAGCAGCGGCAGUGUGGCUUACAAUUUGGCAGAGAACUCCAUUCCGGAGAGUAUUAAAAAUGCCAAGGUGAAUAACGUCCUGGACUCGCUCAAGUCCCUGCUCAAGGCGUCGAGGAAUGGCACGGCGAGUGGGAUUAGCGGUGUCGGCGGGGUUAGCGGUGUCGGCGGGGUUAGCGGUGUCGGCGGGAUUAGCAGUGUCGGCGGGAUUAGCACUGUCAGUGGCGUGGGCGGCAUGCCCAGCAUAGGCAGCAUGGGAGGACCCCCCCUCGGCGGGAAUAGCAAAAACUUCGGAGGCGCCAAGGGUGGCCACCACCAAAACAACAAGAACGCCAACUACCACGCCCAGCAGAUGUACCCACCACAGCACAUGCACCAACACUGUGGACCCCCAAUGCAAGAUUUUUACAAAAGAAAUUUUCGAAGAAGGACAGCAUGA